CAGAGUAGUUUUUAUGCCUCUGCUUUCAUUCACUGGUUGCUCAGUGGCCCUUGAUCAGCCUCGAUUUAACUGCUGCCCGGCUGGCACAGGUGGUGCUUUGAGGAAUCAGUGAGAGCGCUGUUGCAACAGCCAGCACCAUGUGGAGGAGGCUCCAGACUGCGACGCUGCUCCUCAUCCUCUGCUCUGGGAGCUUGGAGGCCUGGUUCUGGGGAACCACGGAUGAAGAAACAACGACAGAAGCGGUUACGUUUGAUGCUACCACUUUAACCUCUUACACAGCGACGAACAGCAAUUCUGUAGCAAUGACCGCCAGUACAACAGAAGAGGAUGAAGGUUCUACAACCACAGCUAGUAGUGCAAAGAUGGAACUGGAAGAUCCCACCGUGACCAGCUGGGCAAAGGAGGAGGAGGAACUUACUACAAUGCCAUUCAGUGGGGCAAAGGAGGAGAAAGAAAAUGCUACAAUGACGGCGAGCAGUGUAAAGAUUGAGGUGGAAAGUCCCACCAUGACAACCAGUCGUGCACAGACGGAGGUGGAAGGUGCUACAAGGACAUUCACUGGUGCCAGUGAAGAGGAAGAAGGUACCACCAUGACAGUCAGUGUUAUGAAGGAAGAAGGUACCACCAUGACAGUCAAUGUUGUGGAGGAAGAAGGUACCACCAUGACAGUCAGUGUUAUGAAGGAAGAAGGUACCACCAUGACAGUCAAUGUUGUGGAGGAAGAAGGUACCACCAUGACAGUCAGUGUUAUGAAGGAAGAAGGUACCACCAUGACAGUCAAUGUUGUGGAGGAAGAAGGUACCACCAUGACAGUCAGUGUUGUGGAGGAGGGAAAAGAGCCUACAAUGACAGCUAACACUGUGAUGACAGAGGUGGAAGAGCCCACUGUGACACCCACUGUUGCAAAGCAGGUGGAGGAAGGUGCUACUACUACCAACAGUGUAAUGAUGGAGGAGGAAGGUUCUACUAAGACUGCCGCUGGUGCAAAGGUGGAGGAAGAAGAGGAGGAUGACAACUUGUCCGGGGUUGGGGAAGAAAUCAUCAACGUGGCCACAGGCAUCCGUAAGUUUGUCGAGGCGUGGGACGCGACCACGACCACCUGGACUGUUAGUGCCGGCCUGACGGAGAAGACGGAGAAGUCUGACGUGACGAUGAAGCCAGAAAAGAGCGGCAUCUCUUUACUCCAGUUGAUUGGAGAACCUCCACUAGAAGAGUUCACCGCCGCCUAUGGGCCAAAUGGGGAGCCUGCCUAUCGGUUCACUCCUUCAGUGGUCCCGGGCCAGCCAGCUCUGGUCCAUGUCCCCAGCCCUUUCUACCGCCACUUCUCCCUCCUCUUCCAUGUCAAGCCCUCCACUCCUGCCGCCUCCAUCCUUUUCUGCAUCACAGAUGCCACCCAGAAGCUCAUGUAUGUCGCCGUCAAGCUCAGCGCGGUGAAGGCUGGCCGUCAGAAGGUUCAGUUUUUCUACACCGAGCCUGACUCUGAGGCUUCGUACGAGGCUGCCAGCUUUGAGGUGCCGAGCAUGGUGGACACCUGGAGUCGCUUCUCGCUGUCAGUCAUGGAGGAGCAGGUGGCCUUCUACCAUGGCUGCGACUCUGAGCCACAGGUGGUGAAGUUUGAGCGCUCGCCGGAUCCCAUGGAUCUCGACCCUGCAUCGGGGCUCUUUGUGGGUCACGCGGGAGGAGCUGACAGUGACAAGUUCCUGGGUGACAUGGCAGACCUGAGACUGGUGGGAAACCCUCGGGCAGCUGAGCGUUUAUGUGACUAUGAGGACGACUCUGACGCCGGCUCUGGUGACUAUGGCAGCGGCGACGGUGAGAGGAGGCAGAUGGGAGGCAGCGUGAAGACCACCCCUCCACCUUUCCGUCCACUGCCUGAACCUCCGCUGAUUUCCUCACACAUAAACACACUCGCACAAACAGGUACAAUCGGUGCUAAAGGUGAAAAAGGAGACAGAGGAGAGAAAGGCUCAAAGGGGGACCAGGGCCCUGUAGGAGCAAAGGGAGAUUCAGGUAUCAGCUCUGGCUCUGGUUUCUCUGCACAGGGUGGAGUCCAAGGACAGAAGGGUGAAAAAGGUGAAAAGGGUGAUCUUGGCAAAGGCUACGCUGGUAAUAAAGGAGAUCGUGGGGCUCAGGGGCCUCCCGGACCACCUGGUCCUCCAGGACCUGCAGCUGAGGUGGUCCGACUUGGGGAUGGCUCUAUUGUGCAGCAGAUGGCCGGACCCCCUGGACCACCAGGACUGCCAGGGGUGGAUGGGCCUGCAGGACCUCCAGGAGCUGAUGGGGAGCCUGGUGAUCCAGGAGAGGAUGGAAGAGCUGGUCCUCCUGGGCUGCAAGGUGUUCCAGGAAUUCCAGGAGUUCCUGGUGCCAAAGGCGAAAAGGGUGAACGUGGAGAGGGUCAGCCUGGACCCAGAGGCCCCCCAGGUCCACCUGGACCUCCUGGACCUGGUACUGGUGAUCGUCCAACAUUUGUUGACAUGGAGGGCUCGGGAUUCCCAGACUUGGAUAAAAUCCGGGGUCCACGUGGUCCACCGGGUCUCCCAGGUCCUCCUGGCCCUCCUGGGAUCCCUGGUACUUCAGUGGCAGUGGGCCUUGAUGGUCCAAUAGCUGUUGGACCUCCUGGACCACCUGGGCAAGAUGGUGCUCCGGGAUUGCCAGGACCCCCUGGUCCUCCUGGUCUACCUGGUCCACCUGGACCUGCAGGAGGAAAGGGUGACAGUGGUGACCUCGGUCUUCCAGGACCAGCUGGAGAAAAGCAAGACACGCAAGGCUCCAGCUUUUUCACCGGCUUGUUCUCUUACUUUACUCCAUCCUCUACGGGCUCUCAUGGUGAACCAGGACAGGUGGGGACACCAGGACAGACUGGUCUGGCAGGGCUUCCAGGUCCAAUGGGACCAGUGGGACCACCAGGGCCCCCCGGACCACCUGGGCCACCAUAUCGCAUUGGCUAUAGUGAUCAAGAUGGAUAUGAGGUACUCAGUGGUCUGCCUGGACUCAGAGGCGAACCUGGACCACAGGGCCCACCUGGUAUUGCGGGUCAUCCUGGAAAUCCAGGUUUACCAGGAACACCUGGUAGCAAAGGAGCAGAAGGACCACGAGGACCUCCUGGGAUCCCUGGCGUAGAUGGUUCAACUGGAGAAAAAGGUCCAAAGGGAGACAGAGGCGAGAAAGGAGAGAGGGGUUUGCCAGGAAGAGAUGGUGGACCACCUGGACCUCCAGGCCCUCCUGGACCUCCAGGACAGAUCAUCUACCAGCCAGGAGGAGAUUAUAACGACCUUUAUUGGAAUGAAGCAGGGCAGGUUGGACCAGGUAUUCCAGGCAGGGCAGGAUUCCCAGGCCCAAUGGGACCAAAAGGGGAAAAAGGGAACCCAGGGCCACCAGGAUAUGCACCUAAGGGAGAAAAAGGAGAGCCUGGUGUCAUCAUGGGGCCUGAUGGGAGACCUCUAUCCCUGGGAGGCUUGACAGAACAGCCAGGUGAGAGAGGGAGUCCUGGCCCAAUGGGAUUUCCAGGUCCACAAGGUCCUCAAGGCCAGAAGGGGGAGAUUGGUUUUCCUGGCCGACCGGGUCGACCAGGACUAAACGGUGCCAAAGGAGAGAAGGGAGAUGCGGGCAGUGGAUCUGGAUCUGGAUACCCUGGGCCACCAGGCCCACCAGGGCCCCCUGGGCCUCCUGGACCUCCUGUUCCCAUUGACAGACUCGGAGGAUAUGAUUACUCCAGGUAUUACGCUGUUAAAGGAGAGAAAGGAGAUCGGGGACCACCAGGUUUUGGAUCAAACAUUGACAUUUACAGUUUAAAGAAUGAGCUGAAAGGUGAAAGUGGCGUGAAAGGAGAGAAAGGAGAGCCAGGCGGAGGAUAUUAUGACCCCCGGUAUGGAGGAAGCGGAGUCGGAGCCCCGGGAGUGCCUGGACCUCCAGGCCCUAAAGGAGACUCCAUUAUUGGCCCACCAGGCCCUCAGGGGCCAUCUGGACCACCUGGAAGAGGGUAUGAUGGACCACCUGGACCACCAGGGCCACCUGGACCUCCAGGACCGUCACUGGAUGGAUCUUACAGAGGCACACAGACUAUCAGUAUACCUGGACCACCAGGACCUCCUGGACCUCCUGGAGUGCCUGGUGUCACCUCUGGUGUGACAGUGUUGAGGUCUUAUGAAACAAUGACAGCUACAGCUAGAAGACAACCUGAGGGCUCUCUGGUGUACAUACUAGACCAAACAGAUCUCUACCUACGAGUCCGAGAUGGAGUUCGUCAAGUCCAGCUUGGGGAGUACAUCGCUUUCCCCAGGGAGGAUGUUAAUGAGGUUGCUGCUGUGGAGCCUCCGCCAGUUGUCCCUUACUUCCAAGACCACCAUUCCCACACGGGCACCUCCACCAACCACUUCAACCAGCCGCAUGAGAGUCCGGCCCAACCACAUGCUGAGCCUGAGUAUAAACCUACUUACGUCGAUCCCAGAUAUCAGCCUGAUUCGCGGUAUCAGUCAGAACCACGGUAUCCAGAAUUAACAGAUCCCAGAUUUCCAAGUUAUACAGACCGGUUAAACUCACCUGAUAACAGGUAUUAUGUUGUGGACACUCAUUACCCGAUCACCACUCCACGAAGACCACCCCCACAUCAACCCCAGAGUCCAGUCCACCAUCACACUUCUGGGCCAGUGCUCCACCUGAUUGCUUUGAACAGCCCUCAGACCGGCUCCAUGCGGGGCAUCCGCGGUGCAGACUUCCUGUGCUUCACCCAGGCUCAGGCCAUCGGGAUGAAGGGAACUUUCCGGGCCUUCCUGUCCUCCAGACUCCAGGAUCUCCACAGCAUCGUCCGCAAAACUGACAGACAGAAUUUAUCAGUAGUCAACUUGAAGGACGAGGUUCUGUUUGACAGCUGGGACGACAUCUUCAGCGGCGGCAGAAUGAAGGAAAACGUGUCAAUCUACUCGUUUGAUGGCAAGGACGUUCUUUACGACAACACAUGGCCAGAGAAGAUGGUCUGGCACGGAUCGACUAGCAGAGGCGAGCGGCACGUCGACAGCUUCUGCGAGACGUGGCGCGUGGGCGAACAGGCGCUGACCGGCAUGGCGUCGCCGCUGCAGAGUGGCAGUUUGCUGCAGCAGAGCUCCAGCAGCUGCUCCAGCUCCAACGUCGUGCUGUGCAUCGAGAACAGCGCCGGCCACUCCAGGAGAUAGACACGGACACAGUUUUUGUCCACACACACACACACGCACACACUAUGAUGUGCCUUUGUAAAUAUGAAUUUUCUAAAGAAUAAUAAGUGUAUGUAUGUUAACCCCUACUCUGUGGUGCUACACAGGAUUACCCACGCAAGUUAAGCUCAGGUGACCUACUGUAACUGUCUCUGGCAGCCAUGUUGGUGCAGCUUCUCUGUCAUUUCUUUUGCUGUUUGAAAGUUGCCAGCUAGCAGCGUCUCUAAUAAUCAUAACCACCGCUAGUUUAAGCAAGGUUGUGCACCACAGAAGACGUAGACUGAUAAAUAUAUCAGUGAUAAGUGAAACAGAGAAAUCAGUUUUUAGAAAGAAUUCUGCUCUGUGACUUAAGUCCAUAUCUGGUCUUAUUCUGAAAGGACAGGCUGCUGUUAAACUGUCAUUUUUCAAUUUCUGUGACCCCCUUGGCAACUUUCAACACCCUGCAGCAGAGAACACAUCGUGACUAGUGUGACUGGAUCUAUCUCAGAGAGGUUAUACUGUACCACUAGAAACUAUGUCUGAACCACUGCAAUGUUUGUGUUUGUGUCUCUGGGCUGAGAAAAAGUGUUAAAAUGGUUUAAAUAAGGUUUUCUGUGCCUUUAACUACACAGCUAGUUUUUAUAUAGAGUGAAAAAUGGAUAUUAGACAUACAAAUUAUGAUAAUGUAAUGUUCAGUGUCCAAGAGCAAAGUAAACAUUGAUUAUUUUGUAUGUGAAAUGUGUGUUUUAAGCUUCUUUACACUGAUUUUAUCUGUAACCCACAGACUUUUACUUUGCUUCAAGGGAAGAUAUUUUCAAUUGUAUUUUUAGCCAUAACAGAGGGAUAUUUAUUUUUUUUCUAAACUAUGCUUUGCCUAUAAUUUGCGAUGUGAGUCCAGUACAUGUGCAAAGUAAGAAUGAGUUUGUUUGCAGUCACAGGAAGCAAACAAAUCACAUACAUCAUGCCGAGGAUUCAGCCAUAAAUCUGUCAUGUCAUGUGUUUUUGCUGGCUUUUUGCCCACUGCCAUCUCUAGUGGAGAGGAUUCAUCCUCUUCGUGUGCUAACAGAGCUGUAACGAAUGCAGUGAAAUGUGCAUUAACUGUUGUGCCUUCAUGUGAGCAACACGCUGAAAUGCUUCGUUUCUUUUAAUAAAUUUGUGUGGAAAAAGUGCAA